CUACUGUCUGGGGCUGAGAGGAGGUGCACGCAGUGGGCGGGCUCCAGGUCUGAUCAGGGGCGGGGCCUAGGCUGGGGCGGGCUUUCAGGGUUUUAAACUUGGCUUCCUCCAUCCCGCCCUCUCCUGCUCCUGGGUUCCUGCGCAUACUGUACCGUCCCGGAGGAGGUGAGGCGUCUGUCCUUCAGGGAUCCCCCCAGACCUGGCAUGGAGAGUUUGGAGGAGUGCGGAGAGGACGCCGCGCUGGAGCCCUUCAGGACCCCCCAGGCCUCUGUGACGUUCAAGGAUGUGGCCGUGGACUUCACCUGGGAGGAGUGGAGGCUCCUGGACCCUCCCCAGAAGGAGCUGUUCUGGGAGGUGAUGCUGGAGAACUACAGGAACCUGGUCUGCCUGGGCCUUGCUGAUUCAAACAAGGAUGUGAGGAUCUCUGAGCUGGAGUCAGGGGAACCACAUUGGAUUCCAACUGGUGGUGUCCUAAGAAGCUGCUGGCCAGGUUGGGAAUUGAGGCCUCAGACCAAGGAGUCAGCUCCCAAGAUGAGUAUUUCUGUGAAAGUAUUAACCCAGGAAAAGUCCUUGGAGGAUGAUCCAAGAAUCUGCAAGAUGGAGAAAGCCUGGGAUUGUGAUGGCAGGUUGAAGAAAAAGCAGAGAAUGGAGGGGAAACCUUCUAGAGGAAUAAAAAUAAUCCAAGCAGAAUCUCCCAGUGAGGCUGGAAGCUCUGAAUAUGGUAAAUACAGUCAGAUCCCUAGCCCAGAGCCAGGCCUUUUUCCACAACAGGGAGCAUCUGUAGUUAUGCAGGGCCAGAAAGGAGAUAACCAGAGAGGGAGUUCCACCAUGUAUUUGAACCAAGGACAAUGUGAUCAAAUCCAUUCCAGGAAGAAAUGUCCUAAUAAGGUUACAAAAUGUCAGAAAGUGCUGGGUCCUGAUUUGGGCUGCAUUAAAAAAUGUGGAAUUCUUUCUGAAGAGAAAGUUCAUGAAAGGGAGAAUUCAUUCCCUCGUAUUAAUGAAUGUGGUCCACACCAGACAACCGAUAGGGGAAAAAAGUGUAAUGAAUUAACUAAACAUAGGAAGACAGGUCGUGCUAAACAAUACUCUCUUCAUCAGAGUAGAGAGAGAUGGUACAAAUGCAAUGAAUGUGGAAAGACCUUCCAGCAAAAGGGGCAACUUAAAGCACAUUACAGAACUCAUACUGGAGAGAAACCUUUUAAAUGCAGUCAAUGUAGUAGGGCUUUCUGGCAAAAGACAGAUCUUAUCCGACAUGUUAGGAUUCAUACUGGAGAGAAACCUUUUAAAUGCAGUGAAUGUGGUAGGGCUUUCUGCCUAAAGACAGAUCUUAUCCGACAUUUUAGGAUUCAUACUGGAGAGAAACCUUUUAAAUGCAGUGACUGUGGGAAAGCCUUUUCUAGAAGCACAAGCCUAACUUUACAUCAGAGAUCUCAUACUGGAGAGAAACCAUAUGCAUGCAAUGAAUGUGGGAAGACUUUCCUGUCAAGCUCUCACCUUUCAGAACACAGGAGGAGAACUCAUGAAGGAUUAAGACUUCAUGAAUGCAACGUGUGUGGGAAAACAUUCUCUCGGAAGUAUAAUCUUACUAAUCACAGUAGAAUUCAUACUGGAGAGAAACCCUAUGAAUGCAGUGAAUGUGGAAAGGCCUUCCAGCAAAAGUGGGCUCUUAAAGCACAUUAUAGAAUUCAUACUGGAGAGAAACCCUAUGAAUGCAGUGAAUGUGGAAAGACCUUCCUCCUAAAACCAAGUCUUACGUUCCACUUCAGAAUUCAUACUGGAGAGAAACCUUUCAAAUGCAGUGAAUGUGGAAAGGCCUUUUACAGUAAGUCAGACCUUGCCAGGCAUAGCAGGAUUCAUGCUGGAGAGAAACCCUAUGAAUGCAGUGAAUGUGGAAAGGCCUUUUCCAGUAAGUCAUAUGUUACCCACCAUAGCAGGAUUCAUACUGGAGAGAAACCCUAUGAAUGCAGUGAAUGUGGAAAGGCCUUUUCCAGUAAGUCAUAUGUUACCCACCAUAGCAGGAUUCAUACUGGAGAGAAACCCUAUGAAUGCAGUGAAUGUGGAAAGGCUUUUUCCAUGGCUGGAAAACUAAAACGACAUCAGAGUACUCAUACUGGAGAGAAACCCUUUGAAUGCAAUGAAUGUAGGAAGACAUUCCGAAGAAAUUCUCACCUUUUAAGUCAUCAGAGGAGAAUUCAUGGAGGAAUUAAACUUCAUGAAUGCAAUGUAUGUGGGAAAGCAUUCUAUGGGAAGUUUGAACUUACUAUUCACAGUAGAAUACAUACUGGAGAGAAACCCUAUGAAUGCAGAGAAUGUGGAAAGGCCUUUUCCACUAAGUCAGGUCUUACCAACCAUAGCAGGAUUCAUACUGGAGAGAAACCUUUUCAAAGCAAUGUUUGUGGGGAAAGUUUUCUCUGGAGAAGCUUACUGACCCUACACCAGACAAUUCACAGUGGAGAGAUGAGAGAGACUAGCUCUACCAAAUAAUUGAAAGGACCCCAGGACAGGUUGGGGGAGAUGAGAAAAUAGGUUUGGGGUUCAGGAUGGCCAGAGAUAAGCUGGUAGCUAAUCAAGGCAAAGUUUAUUGAUUAUGCUUUCCAUUAUAUAGAGAGUCUGAAACAGGCUAAGGUCUUGGGUGAGCUUUUUACAUUCUCAGUGGAAGGUAAUGGUUUACAAGUUUGGUACAAAGGGUUUGGUUAACUUCAUUGAAUGUAGACAGUUUUCUAUAGGCUGAUAAAUCAAUGUCAAUAUGUAACUACCUAACUGAGAUGGCCAGAGAAUGCUUGCAUCAGUAGUUUUUGGAAGAAAAUGCUGUUACAGCAGGAGGUGUGGAAAAGGAGGGGUUUGAAGCCUCAGUCUACAUGUCUAACUUUAGCUGAGCUAUGGUUUCAGUUUUACUGAGGGUCUGCUUCGUCCAGAGCUUGCUCUUAGGGUCUCAGACUUUUUCUCUUUUUACCUAAAUUAGAUAGGAGGAUAAACUGAAUAAAUGCUUGAUUUCAUUUUUGCUUUCUGAGGUGGAAGCAGGGUA